AUGGCCACUCACACUGCCAUGGCCCAGGGCAGUAAUGCCGGGCUGCGCAAUUCCCUGGAGCAACGCCUAGGAAUCACGCAAUUCGUUGCGCCCAAGGAGCGCGGUUGGCAUGGACAGAGCCGCACACGGUUCACUGACUUUCAAGUCCACGAGAUUACGAAAGAGGGCGAAGUACUCCAUCUGACUGAUUACCCUAUGCACGCCAGAGACCUUCCCAAGACUGUUCCACUCCUUCAGACUACAAGUUCCAGUGCCAGUCAAUCAUCAAAGCCUGCGAAGCCCACGCAGUCCCAGGAUUCUAAGGGUGCUGCCCAAGAUAAUUCCGCUACUGGAGGAAGUGUCCCCACUGAAGGAAGUGCCCCUACCAAUGGUAGUACCCCCGUCGAAGGCGAUGUUUCCAACGGAGGAAAUGCCCCCAUUGAAGGAAGUGCUCCUACCGAUGGUAGUACUCCCGUCGAAGGCAAUCUUUCCAACGAAGGAAAUGCCCCCAUUGAUGGAAGCGCUUCCAGCGGAGGAGCUGUUCUCACCAAGGGGGUUGGUUCCGAUGUCAAGGACACCGAGAGGCCUGCUCUCGGUGCAGAUCAGCCUAUGGGCGAUCAAGGAUCCGUCAUGGUUAUUCCACGAUCAGAUGAGACCGCCCUGGUCAAUAUUCUUGGCCAGGCUGCAGCACAAGAUUUGAUCGCAUUCUUCGAGAAGAUGAAGAAUAACCCAAGAGCGCCUCUGAAGAGCCACGGCGAGGUGAAGCUCCCUCCUAUUGACAGAUCCUUGAGAUCACAAAUCCAUUCAGAAAUCCGCCGCAUAUUCGGUGGCAAGAUUGACACUGCUACCGAUGCAGAGGGCUGUAUCAAAGCAAGAGCUGUGGGUGGAGGCAGACAGCAAUGGGGCAACCGUUCUAGAAACGAUCGUUCACGAAACAAUCACCAGAGCAACACUGACCGGGCUAUCAAAACCCCUUACAUACAUUUCUCCUUGUACAAAGAGAACAGAGAUACUAUGGAUGCGCUCAAUCAUAUGGGCAAGGUUUUGAAGGUCUUUGCAAAGGAUUUCGGCUCAGCUGGGACUAAGGAUCGCCGGGCUGUGACUGUACAGCGCGUGAGCGUCAGAAGUCGAAAUCUUCCCCAGCUGGUCGGACUCAAUACCAAAGUCCACGGCAUCAAGAUCGGAGAUUUCAAGCUUGCACAGGGUCCCAUCACCCUGAACAGUCACGGCGGAAAUGAGUUUGUCAUCGUCAUGAAGAAUUGCUCCUUCAACGGUACAGACGAUCUCAACUUCGAGCAGAAGCUCGAGGUGGCGAAAUCCACUCUAGAUUCGGCAUUGGCGCAGAUGGUCCAGCACGGGUUCAUCAACUACUACGGCACCCAGCGGUUUGGCACGCAUCAGAUCGGAACUCAAGAGGUCGGCAUAAAAAUACUUCAGGACGAUUUCGAGGGUGCGGUCAAAGCUCUGCUCUCAUUCGACCCAAAUCUACUGGAUGUGUCAGACCAAGGUCAAAGCGCCUUCCGUCGGGACGACAUCAAUCGGGCUCGGGCUUGCUCAACGAUCCUAAAGACUGGGGACCAUCAAGCAGCGCUGAAACACCUCCCACAGAGAUGUCACGUCGAGAUGAGAUUGAUCAACCACAUUGGAAGAAACCCGACAGACUUCCGCGGCGCAAUCCAGACCAUCAACAAGACGAUGCGUACUAUGUACGUCCAUGCGUAUCAGUCUCUCGUCUGGAAUUUCGUUGCAAGCAAGCGCUGGGAACUCUUUGGUCCCAACGUGGUCAAGGGAGAUCUAGUCCUCAUCAAGCCUGAUGCACCUAUGCCAAUGGUAGUCGAUGACGAGGAGAAAAACGCUGAGGAAACGAUCCAUCUUGAAGCCGAUGCAGACUCGGAAGGUACAAAAGGAUUGGUGGCACACGUCUUGACCGAAGACGACGUCAACAGUGGCAAGUAUUCCAUCUUCGACAUUGUUUUGCCAACACCAGGCUGGGAUGUGGUCUAUCCCCCGAAUGAAGUUGGGGCUUUCUACGCAGAAUUCAUGCGCAAAGGGGAGAAUGGCGGUCUAGACCCGCAUGAUAUGCGUCGUCGUCAGAGAGACUUCAGUCUUCCGGGUAACUACCGCAAACUGAUGGGCAAACUUUUGCGGAGCCCGUCGGCAUCUGUUCAAGCUUACUCGAACGACUUGGACCAGCUCGUACCUACUGAUCUUGAUCUCGUCCGAUCUCGCAAGGUCAAGGAAGCAGCCGAGGGUCAAGCUCGCAGAAUUGAAGAAAUGACCACACGUGAUGCUACCCAGCAGAAGGUCACAUCAGCCUGGCAAAGCUUUGGUCAAAACGUGCAACAGAAUGAGCGUGAGGAGUCCAGAGCCAGGUUCGCGAGACGCAAGGCUGAGGAACUGCCUCCGCCUCCUCCUGUUCGGACGAGUGACACCUGGGUGCAGACAGCGCUUGAUGGCAGUAGCAAGCGAGUCAAGAUUGCAAGACAUACCGACACUAUCGAGCCCGAAAUGCAGACUGCUGUUCAGCCUAUGGAUGGUGACGCUAUGCAAACUGACAGCGAGGAGAGUAACAAGAAGCAGGUUGACCAAGCAGACACGGCCGAGAAGGCGUCCCAGACAAGCGUUGAUGCUGAUCAAUCAGGCUCCUCCAUUGUCGCAACGAUCAACACACAGGUGCGAGCAUUUGCAAAUAGACUGAUGAAUGCCAUCUAUCAGAUGAUGGCAGCACUGAGAAUCACUACUGACGUUGACUUGCCAAAGCCCGGUCCGGCUACUUCUCAAGAUGAGCCACAGCCCGAGUUACAGACAUUGAUAGAGGCUGGGAACAACACGGCGCAGCCACCUUCAGGCACAUCCACGGACAAAACGGCCCAGACAAAUUCCUCCCACGGCGCUGUCUCGACAGCAAUCAAAACCGGGCAUACCAACACUACUAACGUUGACCAGCCACAAUCUAACGAAGCGGCACAGCCUUCCGGUGUUGCAGUUGGAGAAUCUUCUCCGGCUCAGGUUCAGCCAUCAACUAGCCCUGAUCUGACCACAAAGCAGAAAAUUGCAGUUGUCCUUCGUUUCGCCCUAGAUACGAGCCAAUAUGCGACCAUAGUUGUUCGAGAGCUUCAGGGGGCCGCCCUUCAGACCGACGAGAUGGACGUUGACGUCCCCACGACCUCUAAAGACGAUGCCCCUUCGACCAACAGUACCCUUGCGAGCGAAGGUGCCACCAACCUCAACUUGUCGUAG